UAAGAAUUUAAAUUCUUGUAUGUGGAUGUAUAUGGAUUAAGAAUUUAAAUUCUUGCAUGUGGAUGUAUAUGGAUAAAAUAUUUUAAUUCUUUCAUGUUGGUGGAUAUGGAUAAGAAUUUAAAUUCUUUCGUAAAUUCUUUCAUGUGGGUGUAUAUGGAUUAAGAAUUUAAAUUCUUUCAUGUGGGUGUAUAUGGAUUAAGAAUUUAAAUUCUUUCAUGUGGGUGUAUAUGGAUUCCUCUGAAAUAUGUUAUGACAAAUUUCAACAAGAUUUAUGACGGAAUGAACAUAGGUGGACUAACCAAUGUCCAUUCAACAAUUCCAGAGAAUGCUUCGGUUAGUGAUGUCAUGUACAACUAUCCUGUUACAGUAGAAAAUCAACCUAGCCGUCCAAAUGGCAAUGUGCUUCAACCUCGCAUUUCCCGCAUACCAAAUUCAGCACAUCAGAAAUUAGAUGUGUGGAAAUUCCCCAAUUCAGAAAUCAAGCAACCUACACGAGAAGAAUUUUAUCAAUCUUAUGAUCCUAAGAUAGGAUUACAUACAGCUGCUGUAUUAGGUGGUAUACUGGUGUGGCUCAUCAUUUAUCUUGUAUAUAGGACUAAAUGCAAAAAGGUGAUCAUACGAUUCUUCAAAGGGCUUUCAGAACGGCGCAAGGAAAAGAAACGGGCUUCAUUUCAUAUGCAGAAUAAACAAUCUACUGUAAGAAUGGGUGCGGAUACUCCAAGUAUCAUAAUGACCUCAGAUAAACAAGAAAUAACCUCAAAUCAUGUAUCAAUCAAUGUUCAAACUAGUAAUGCCAAGGACAUAGAUCAGACUGAAAUCACAGUUCCAACAGAUUUAGAACUUCAAGAGGUACCAACAGUUCUACAAAAACCUCCCAGGGUAAAAACUGACAUUAAGAAAGCUACUGCUCAAUGGGUAAAAGAGCAGCCAUUGUCAAUCCAGAGUCUUCAAGAACUUCCUAGCUCCUGUGUGACAGCAUUUACAUCAGACUACUCACAAUUAAAACUGCCUAAUUCAUGUCCACCUAUUCGUGAUGAAUUGAUUCACAAAUCUUCAUUUGGUUUAAGUGCAGACUGGAACAAAAGUCUACCCUCAAUUUCCCAUCAUUUAGAGGCCUCAUUAUCCAGUUAUUCUGAUAAAGGACCAGCUUCCAAUUCAUCUAGCCAAAACAAAGUUCUUAAAGCUACAGAUGAUCAUUCUGUAGACAAAGCAAAUCUGAAUAAAAGGCUCCUGCCAAAAUUAACUAUUACCAUUCCUGAUUCCAUUUCAACAGAUGCCACGGAAUUAACUCUGAAUGAUUCCUUAGUUCCCAUUCCAGUGACUCCAACAGUUAAAAUUCAAAAUUAUACCUCAAAACGAAGUGCCCAUUCACCAUCCCUCCAUAGACUUAACAGUGAUGAUUCCAUAAGCUCAAAUUCUUCAGAUGAACCAUUACUUAGUGACUCAAUGACACAAUCUGUGGACUGCUGGCAUGACAACAAUUCCAAGCAAACAUGGCCGCUAAACGAGAAAGUGAAGUGCACAGGAAAUGAUGUAAACAGUGUGAAUAUUAGGUUGUUAAAUGAUAAAGAAACAGUGUUAUAGCAAUAUUAACUAUUAAUAGUAAUAGUCAAAAUACUUGUUUUACUAUCAAUUUGAGCUAUCUUUGUCUCUUUUCAGAAUGUAUAUCUGAUUCCCUGUUUGUCUUCAAAAUACAGGCAAUAUUCAGAAUCAGACAUCCUGUUUGUCUGCAACUAAAUAAGAAAAAGUUAAAUCUACAAUAUUAAAUUGUAGACACACCUGAACCCAAACAUAUGAUUUUUUAUUCUGAACAGUGAUACAGAUAGCUUAGAUUAAGCUGGUAAAGCAACUAUUUACAUGACGUAAAUGAAGUUAUUAAGUUUUGUGUUUUUAUAUAUACACCAUUGUAUCAUGUUGUUCAUAGAAAACAUUCUACAUCAAC